GUUUGGAUUAUUCCCUUAUAAUCCAAAUAUGAUUGGACUCGAGUCUCUGGAUGACCCCUCUGACACAUGGGUAAUUAUUGAUACUAUAGGCAAAGGGACAUAUGGAAAAGUUUACAAAGUCAACAAUAAAAAAGAUGGCAGCCUGGCAGCAGUGAAGAUCUUGGAUCCAAUCAGUGAUGUUGAUGAAGAGAUCGAGGCAGAGUAUAACAUUCUGAAGUCACUUCCAAAUCAUCCGAAUGUUGUUAUGUUUUAUGGGAUGUUUUACAAAGCAGAUCAGUAUGUUGGAGGUCAACUCUGGCUCGUUCUAGAGCUAUGUAACGGCGGAUCUGUCACAGAUCUUGUGAAAAGCAUAUUGAAGUGUGGGCAGCGUUUGGAUGAAGCUAUAAUUUCAUAUAUCCUAUAUGGAGCAUUAUUGGGUCUUCAGCAUUUGCACAAUAAUAGAAUCAUCCAUCGUGACGUGAAAGGGAACAAUAUACUUCUGACAACAGAAGGAGGAGUCAAGCUGGUUGACUUCGGUAAUCGCUGCUUGCCAUUUACUGUCUUCCCGUGUGCUUUUUCCCAUCGCCUCAAUUUGUCGUCUGCUUCAGAGUUGGAAACACGCCACAGGUUUCAGCGAUAAUGUUCAGCAGGAACCGUUGGAUACUUUGGGUAUAACAGAUGGAGCUCCGUCUGAGUUUCUGUCAGAUAAUCUGUUUUGGUUGGCUGGAAACAGUCUAGUUUUAACUUAGCUCCUAAAACAUGAAAUAAAUAAAUAUAGCCAGCCUUUUUAUUUAGCAAAUCAGGCAAUCUGCUUGUGUCUAUUCCUGUGCUGCCUCGGUCUCAUUUAAAUUCAAUAUUCCAUCUUUUGCAUAUGAAAAGAAAUUGCUCAUUUCUCACAAAUGGUGUUAAUAGCCUGAAGCUCAUCUAUUCCCUUUGAGCAGAAGGUAAAGUGGUCCUGUGGGUCUGAAAACCAGCAGAUCUGUAUAAUUUGUGAUUAUAGCAGUUGAUGUAAGGCUGAUUGAAAUGAAAGCGUAACAAAGGAGUGCUGGAGACAGACGAGAGCCGGGACUGUUUUAGACUUACAUCAGAGAUGGGCGACGUUGCUAAGAAAAUUAGCACAAA